AUGAGCGCUUUUCAUCGGGUCAGGCGCCUGGUUGGCCUCGAAGGGGGCAUUCAUCGACAGCCAGCGAGCCCAGCAACCUCCAGCUCCAGCAGCAUCUCAGCGACAGAAACGCGGAGCGGCAGCCCGUCGAAAGUGCCGCGGGGGUCGCCUGAGGCUGCCGACAUGCUGACUAACUCGGUGCGCCUCCAGCUGGAGAUCCCGUGCACCGACUCUCCCGCCAGUAGAGCCACGGAGCAACGCCAAUCAUCUGAGCAUCUCCGGUGUCCUUCCACGAUCGACUUCUCAGGCCACGACGGCGACCAAUCCGAUACCGACGAGACUCUCGACGACGAAGCCCAAUCUGUGUCUGGGAGCCCCGCUGUCCAGACUGUGGCCGAGCCCGCCCCCAACAAUCCAUUGACAAUUGGCGACGAAUUCCAAAAGGAGGUUCUGGGCGUUGAGAACGCCGCAACUUGGUACGACGAGGAAAACGGCUCCUCGCGUCCGAUCGACCCGUUCGACCCUCAGCUGGAGGCUUUGAAUCGCGCAUUUGAGGUUGCCGACAUGUCCAUGAGCAGCGGCGUCGGUGGAAUGCCCGCUGGCAACAUCCCCAAUCCGGGCAUGUUUGCGAAUUACACAGAGAACUCGCCCACCCCGGGGAUGGGCAGCAUGCCACGACCACCUCCAUCCCCAGCUUACCCGCACCCCACGCCCCAGGUCAAUGGCGGUGGCCCUGGUGCCAGUGGAAUGCCAAUGAAUGCGGGUCACCAGAUGGACCUCCAUCAUCUCUAUGAGAUGGUGCUGGAACUCAGCGAGGUGCUGAAAAAUAACCGAGAAGUGACCAAAAGCAUCGUGUCAAGCGCCGAGGAGAUCAUGAAGCAUGGCACCUCUGAGGAUGCGAGCGCCGCCAUGAGGCAGGUGAACGGGGAAAUUUCCGCUGCCCGUAUCUCAGAGCUCGAGCGUGCACUCGCCAAAGAAAAGCGUUUGGUCGAAGUUCUCAAACAUGAGCAGACGGAGAACGUGAAAUUGAUCGGCGAAUACGAGACUACCGUCGGCGUCAUGGUGGAGCAGAUUCGCAACUACUGCCAGAACAACAACAUGCACUACCUUUACCAAAAACGGCACUAUAAUAACCUUCUUCAGGCCGAGCGUGAUGCCCACCUCGAAAGCCGCCUCGACAGGGACUACUGGCACACGCAGACGAUGAAAUGCGCACAGAUGAUCCGCACCGCCUAUCGCCUGCGGUCCGAGGAGGACGGACUCCCAAUUCGCAUCAUCGCGGGUCUUCAGAACGAAGUGCGCGCAUACCGAAACGCCUUGGGGAUGGAGCCUGAGAAGCCCGAGCAGGAAUACGGCUGGGAAAUCCUGAAGGAUGUUCCCGGUUUGGAGUGA